AAAAAAUAUAGAGAUUUACAAAUCAAAACAAAAAAAAAAAGGCAGGGAAUGCCAUAUGGAAAAAAGAAAAACGAAAAGCGAAGGAGUAGUAGGAGUUGAGGUACAUCUCAGACUGGUUGUGUCGCUUUACUAAAUUCCCCAGAUUUCCAAUCCACACUACGUUUUAGUGUUCGCAUGAGUGUUGAUUCGAUUGUACAUGUAAUCUGUUGUCUCUGUAAUCGGUCGUUGCUUGAUGGUUAGUUCUAUGCUCGAAUUGGGUUUUAUGUAGAUUGCUAGAAUCUGUUCAUCUCACAUCAGAUUUGACCUUUGAUCUUCUUCCAAUCCCAUCUCGACAAGAAAAUUCAGCUUUGAUUUGAGAUCGAUGCUUUUUCAGAUGAUUGGUAUCAAGCUUGCUUAAGAAUGACAUUCGCCACAAAUUAGAUGACAAUAAUGGUUCAGUUUCUUCUCUGUCAAAAAAAUAAAUAGGGAACAAGAUGAUGUCUGAAAGAUUGACAGGGGAAACAUCAUUUCCUCGGGAUUUUGAGGCUUUGAGUGUGUCUAAACGUCUCGUCAGAAGUGUUAGCCAGAAAUUGAAAAAGAAGAACCAUAGAGGUAGUGAAGGGGAUGAAGAAGAUGAUAUGAGGGGUGUUUCCUUGAGAUGUCUCACUUUGUACGGUAGGGGUGGAGGUUGCAAAGUUGGUGCUGACACUGGUGACGAGUUUGGGGAUCCCGGUAGUAGAAGACGGUCAAGUGCCAGUGAGGAAGGCAAAGGGUACGUGACAAUAUGUGGGACUGAGGAAACUACUGUGGAUUGCUUCUCGUAUGGGAUGAAGGAGAAGUUUUGGAAGAGGAAUAGCAGAAAGGUUUUGGAACUUGCUGAAUCUCAGCGAAAUGGUGGCGUGAAUGUGUUUCUUCCUGAUGACAUUCUUGAAAUGUGCUUGGUUAGACUGCCAUUAAUCAGUCUCAUGAAUGCCCGCCUUGUAAACAGGAAAUGGAGAAACUUGACGACAACACCUCGGUUCAUGCAGAUGAGACGGGAAGGUUUGUAUCAGAAUCCGUGGUUGUUUUUGUUUGGUGUUGUCAGACAUGGUUAUUGCUCUGGGGAGAUACAUGCAUUUGAUGUCUCGCUUAACCAAUGGCACAAAAUAGAUGCUGAAGUUCUGAAAGGGCGGUUCUUGUUCUCCAUAGCUAGUAUGAGGGAUGAGGUUUAUAUUGUUGGCGGUUGUUCUAGCUUGACCAACUUUGGAAAAGUGGACAGGAGCUCAUUCAAGACGCACAAGGGAGUGUUGGUAUUUAGCCCCUUGACUAAAUUGUGGCGUAAAUCUGCAUCCAUGAAGUAUGCAAGAUCAUCACCCAUUGUAGGAGUUUAUGAGGUCAGUUCGGAUAGUCUGAUUAUUAGAAAUCAGCAAAAUCGGCAAGACAGGCGAUUUCUCAGGUCACGAAUUGGUGGUGUGUCAGAUGUUUAUGAGGAUCCUCACAGACUCUCAGUUAGACGACAAUUAAGACACUCUCUUGAUGGAAACGAGGUUUCAUUGUUGCCCAAUACAAGGCCAUACCAGUUUGCGAGGCAAAAAAGUGAACAUUCAAAAACACAAGAUUGCAAAAGGUUUGUGAUGAUUGUUGUUGGAGGUCUUGGAUCAUGGGAUGAGCCUUUGGAUUCCGGGGAAAUUUAUGAUUCUUUAUCAAAUAAAUGGAUGGAAAUCCAGAGGCUACCCUUAGAUUUUGGGGUUGUUUGUUCUGGGGUCGUUUGUAAUGGGAUGUUUUAUAUAUAUUCGGAGACUGACAAGCUUGCAGGGUAUGACAUAGAAAGGGGCUACUGGAUUGGAAUCCAAAUGACCCCAUCCCCUCCCCGUGUGCAUGAGUACUACCCAAAACUCAUAUCCUGCAAUGACCGUCUAUUCAUGAUUUCUGUCUCCUGGUGCGAGGGGGAUGGUCAAAUAGGCAGGAGAAAUAAAGCAGUUAGAAAGCUGUGGGAACUCAAUCUCAUUUAUCUUACCUGGACUGAGGUAUCCAUACAUCCUGAUGCCCCUAUGGACUGGAAUGCUGCAUUUGUAGCUGAUAGAAACCUGAUAUUUGGGGUUGAGAUGUUCAAAAUAUUUGGACAGGUGUUAGACUUCUUGACCGUGUGUGAUGUUUCGCAGACAGGAACAAACUGGAGUCAUGUUUCGAGGAAUCAAGUGGCUCAUGAACUGGAUGCUUCUUCGUGCAUGACAAAAUCGAUGGCAGUGUUGCAUUUGUGAUUCUGGGGCAGGCUCUAAAACUUGCGCUGAACAAUUUGGACAUCUAUCUGCUCUCAUCGAGAGAUUUGCUAUAUCUGUUCACAUCAAAUGUGUAUGUAUUCCUGCGGAAUUGAUUUUUCCAUUCUAAUAAGAUUGUAUCAUUGUGACUUCAUCUGUUAUUAUUUCUCAUUCAAAUUCUUAUUUUGAAUUUGCUUUUCUAGUCUUAUAUAAUUUAUUCA